UCAAAGCAGGGCAACAAGAUGGGCGGUUUAUGGGGACAUGUGGUACACGGAUUAGCCUUCGUUCUAUUUGGGAUCUGGCAUUUACUUAGCCAUAUGAGAUAUCAUUUUCUACAUCCAAAAUCCUAUACAUCUUUGCCAUGGUUUCCAACUUCAAAAUUCAGGUAUUUGGAGCUUUUUCUAAUCAUGGGAGGAAGCGUUGCCUCAAUAUCCUUGGAACUUUUCAUUUCUCCAAGCAAGCACCAACCCUUGGACCCUGAUGGAACCAUCCCAUCAAGCCAUCUUCACAACUUUGAGCACUCAAACAUAUCCUUGACCUUCUUUGUUUAUGCACUUUUUGCAAUCAUUCUCGACAAGAUUCAGCCACCAGCUCAAUAUGGCCUUACCCAAAUGCUUGGAGCCAUUGCUUUUGGCCAACAAUUUCUCCUCUUGCAUCUCCACUCUACCGAUCACAUGGGACUGGAAGGCCAAUACCACGGGCUUCUACAAAUUGUCAUACUUGUCUCAUUUUUCACUACCUUCCUAAGCAUAGGCUAUCCCAAGAGUUUCUUGAAUAGUUUUAUAAGGUCUUUUAGCAUCUUGUUCCAAGGAAUUUGGCUGAUGAUAAUCGGAAUCAUGCUCUGGACACCAGAGUAUAUUCCCAAAGGCUGUUUUAUUAAGUUGCAAGAGGGUCAUUAUGUUGUCAGAUGCCAUGAUCAUGAAGCCCUUGAAAGAGCUAAAGCAUUGGUAAAUAUUCAAUUUAGCUGGUACUUAACUGGAGUUACACUUUUUGGGCUGUGUCUUUAUUUGGUACUCUACAAAAUGUUCCUUGGAAAAGUUGAUUAUCAAUCUUUAACAAGCUCUGAGGAUGAUGAUGAUAUUGAGACUCAGAAAAGGAACAAAGAGACUUUUUCAAGGACAAAAGAGUGAA